UCAUUAUUUGAGGACCCUAAGACUCACUAUCAACUAUAAUGAAAUUUGAACAAAUCUCUUUUAGGAAGAAAGUGACAGCUUAUAUAAAACGACAUAGUGUGGGCAUAUGAUAAUAAGAGCUGACUCCUCUUAAUGCUUACUAUGGGGUUAGGCAUUGUGCCUUGUAAGAACUCAGUAAGGACCCAAGGAUGUUACUACUUCAGGCCAGUUGGAACUCAAUACACAAUAAUGAGAAUGGUGUUUUGAAUGUGGAGGCUGUGGACCCACGAGGUCGAACCUUAUUGCAUCUUGCUGUUUCUUUGGGACAUUUGGAAUCUGCUAGAGUCUUGCUCCGACAUAAAGCAGAUGUUACAAAAGAAAAUCGCGAGGGAUGGACAGUUUUACACGAGGCUGUGAGCACUGGUGACCCUGAGAUGGUGUACACAGUUCUUCAACAUCGAGACUACCACAACACGUCCAUGGCCCUCGAAGGAGUUCCUGAGCUGCUCCAAAAGAUUCUCGAGACUCCGGAUUUCUAUGUGCAGAUGAAAUGGGAAUUCACCAGCUGGGUGCCCUUGGUUUCCAGAAUAUGCCCAAAUGAUGUCUGUCGCAUUUGGAAAAGUGGUGCCAAACUGCGUGUUGAUAUCACAUUGCUGGGAUUUGAGAACAUGAGCUGGAUAAGAGGGAGGCGUAGUUUCAUAUUUAAGGGAGAAGACAACUGGGCGGAGUUGAUGGAAGUCAACCAUGAUGACAAAGUGGUCACCACUGAACACUUUGAUCUUUCCCAGGAAAUGGAGCGCCUCACUCUGGACUUGAUGAAGCCAACAGGCAGGGAGGUUGAAAGGCGGCUCACGAGCCCAGUCAUUAACACCAGCCUCGAUACUAAAAAUAUUGCUUUUGAAAGAACUAAAUCCGGAUUCUGGGGCUGGAGGACAGAUAAAGCAGAAGUUGUUAAUGGUUACGAAGCAAAGGUUUACACAGUAAAUAAUGUGAGUGUGAUAACCAAAAUACGGACAGAACAUCUGACCGAGGAAGAGAAAAAGAGAUAUAAAGCGGACAGGAACCCACUGGAAUCCUUGUUGGGAACUGUGGAACACCAGUUUGGUGCUCAAGGGGACCUCACCACAGAAUGUGCCACUGCAAACAACCCUACAGCCAUCACACCUGACGAGUACUUCAGUGAAGAGUUUGAUCUGAGAGACAGGGACAUCGGAAGGCCGAAAGAGAUGACGAUCAGAACACAAAAGUUCAAAGCCACGCUGUGGAUGUGUGAGGACUUUCCUCUCUCCCUUGUGGAGCAGGUCAUUCCCAUCAUUGACCUCAUGGCCAGAACGAGCGCUCAUUUCGCAAGACUGCGAGAUUUCAUCAAAUUGGAAUUCCCACCUGGAUUUCCUGUCAAAAUAGAAAUUCCCUUGUUUCAUGUAUUAAAUGCACGGAUCACAUUUGGAAAUGUUAAUGGCUGUAGCACUGCUGAAGAAACUCAAAAUGUGGAAGGGACCCAAGCAGAUUCAGGUAAAAGAAAAUGGGGUUUUGAAAUAGAGCAGGGAGUGUUAGAAGAUCCUGUCUCAUUUUUCACACAGUACUCAAUAAUGGGCAUGCAAAUAUUUUUAAUUUUGUUCUUGCUGCUUUAUUUCCUUAUCAGUAUGACACCUAUUCCUUCUAAGAGAUAUUCAUGUCAUCAUGUUUGUUUUUCCUAGGACCUUUCAGGACCAGCUUCGAAUGGAGGGAUCAGCCAGACACAUGUCUACGAUGUCCAGUAUGAGAGGGCCAUCCAAGAGAGCCUCCUCACCAGCUCAGAAGGCCUAUACUCUGGUGCCUCGAGUGAGACAAGCCAUUUUGAUAGUGAUUUGCAGCUGGCCAUGGAGCUCUCUGCCAAAGAGCUGGAGGAGCAGGAGCUCCGGCUGCGGGAGGAGGAGGCGGAGCUCCAGCAGGUCUUGCAGCUGUCUCUCACUGAGAAAUAGACCUUUCUGCCCACAGCUGCACAAAGCAGAGCUCUGGGCUGCACGCGGGUGCUACGUUACCAGGGCCCUGGGGCUGAGGGACUGACUGCACCUCGCAUGUGCACAGUGGACGGCAGCUGCCCCCUUCUUUACGCAGAGGUGCAGAACCAGGGACCCCCAGGUCCAGCCACAACACUCCCCGGUGAAGGGACUGGGGACCAGCAGGCCACAUCUCCAGACUAAGGGGAGGGGAGCAUCGUCACUUUCCAUGAGCUGUGUUGGCUUGCAGGUCACAUUUUUACUACCAGCUUUAGACAAAAACCCCCAAUCCCCGCAGAUCUGUAGGUUCGUUUUUACCAAGGAGUGAUAACAAAACAAGUUAUUGCAGAGUCAGGGUGCUUUUAUAUAUGAGAGCAGCAGCCUUUGUAGAGUGUGGUUUAUGAAAAUUUAUGAUACUUUACAGUUCACCAAAGAAAUGGAUAAUCUGUGCCGAUCUACUCUUUUAUUUUUACCUUUAUACAGGGUUUCUAGGCCGCCAUCACUGUUCCUCCUCCAUCUCCACCUUCUUCCAUUCUUUCCAUCCCUAGCUAACGUUAAAGAGGAGAUGUGUACAGGAUCUAUUUUAGAUUAGGGUUAACUAUUUGCAUCAAAUUAAGAUAUACUAAUGACCAUGGAUGUUGCCUUAGCCUUAAAAAUUACUAAUAAUUUCAAACCGCCUCACUUCAUUCGUUGAGGGAUCUGAUCUGAACUUGUAAAGGCAGUUCCUUUGAGAGUAGGGUCCUCCAGGCUAAAACCAAGGCAGCUAACCCUGGCCCUGAAGAAACAGCUGGAACUGAGCUUUGUUCUUGCAGUGGGCAGGCCGGCCAAAGUACCAGACAGCAUAGAACCAAACGACGCGUGUGUCCACACGUCCCUAGUGCAGGGCCAGGAAGACCCACCCACUGCACGUCCUCAGCUCGCUAGAGAAGGGGUGGGAUUAGAAAGGGAGCUACAAGUGGAACUCAAUGGCUCUAUAUUCAGAAGGGAAAGUGAUGAUUCCACAUUGCUUUUUAGAGUUCAAAUCAUCUUUCUCGAUAAAUAUAUUUUUUAACAGAAUCUUUUUAUUAUUUUUAAAAGAUAUAAAAACUAUUCCCAUCAGUAGCAAUACAAGGUUAUACAUUUUAACCAGAUUUCUCAGGCCUCUUUUGGAUACCUUUAGUAGUUAGCUAUUUUGUCUAACCCUUCUGUAAAUAGCCAUCACAGAACACACAGCUGAGGGUGCCCUCACUCUGGCCGGCUCUGUGUAUUCAUGCUCACAGGCUGCACUGAAAUAACCUGGUAAAUAAUAUCCUCCUGUUUUACAUCAGUUUCCUGUGUGUUGGGCUUCUUUUGGGAUGGGAAGAGAAACAUGAAUUACGUUCCAGUUAAAGUCUGUAAUACAGUUAGCAUUGCCAGUAAAAUGUUCCUAGCCACAAAGAAAUGUGCUUUUGAUUCAAUAUAACCAUCUGUCUUUCUUGUCAUGGUCUGACCAAAAUCCCUUCUCUGCACACCAGGCCAGUAUAUGCAGCAUCACCUUUGUUUCAAAUACAUAUCUUGGCAUUUUGUUUACUGAAUAUUUACCUUGAGUGAGGACACGACUUGGGAAUGGCUGCAGUUAGGCGACAUUGUUUACUCACUAAGGUGAACCAUAGGUAAUCUCUUAUGUUUGCAUUCCAUUGUUCUGCUUCCCCGUGUCUCUGACUUUCUCCCAGGAAGUCAAUUAAAAAGGGACUGAGCUUUUUGUCAA